AUGUCAACGAAGAAGGCCGAAGUUCUUCUGGGAAGCGACAACUACUUUCACUGGGAGUUCGCCAUGCGCAUGAAGCUGGCGAGGAAGGGACUGUUGGCUCAUGUGCAGACGGUGAAGCCGGAAGCAGAGAUGACAGAGGCGUGGCUGCUGAACGACAUGAAGGCGCUUGGUUUAAUCGCCCAGUGCGUGUUGUUGGAGCACCAGACGAAGAUUCGCUCGCCAGACGAAGAUUCGCUCGGUGACCUCGGCGACCUCGGCGAUUCAAGCAUGGGGAACUCCGCGGGAGCUCUACAACCGGACCACGAUGCACAACCGUGUGAUGAUGCCUCACCGACUCCAUGA